AUGUUCCGGGGGCUGCCCCCAAACCCGUCACCCCCCCCCCGUACCCCAUCAGAGCUGGGUCUGAGCCUGAGGCGCCUGGGGCGGACCCUGCAGGCUCAGCUGCCGGCGCUGGGACCCGGCACAGGGGGCUGGGUUCCCCCGGGAACGCCCCGGGACCCGCGGCCCCCCGAAGAGGCCGACGUGGUGGUGGUGGGGGGCGGCGUGGUGGGCUGGUCCGUGGCCUACUGGCUGAAGGCGCUGGAGGCCCGGCGGCACGGCAUGAGGGUGCUGGUGGUGGAGCGGGACCCCACGUAUUCCCGAGCUUCCACGGUGCUGUCGGCCGGGGGCAUCCGGCAGCAGUUUUCCCUCCCGGAGAAUAUCCACAUGUCCCGGUUCUCAGCCAGUUUUCUCCGCAAUAUCAAUGAGCACCUUAGGGUGCCAAACGAGCCAGCCGUUGACAUCCAGUUCCAGCCUUCAGGAUACCUCUUCCUGGCCUCCCCGCAGGAUGCUGAUGGGCUGGAGGCCACUGUCAAGGUCCAGAGGGAGGAAGGGGUGCAGGUGACACUGCUGUCACCCACUCAGCUGAAGGAGAAAUUCCCAUGGAUAGAUACAGAGGAUGUGGCCGUGGCAUCCUAUGGUCUGGAGGACGAGGGCUGGUUCGACCCCUGGACCCUCCUCACCGCUCUGCGGCGCAAAGCCAUGUCCCUGGGGGUGCUCAGCUGUGCCGGGGAGGUGCGAGGUUUUGUCACCUCGGCUGAGGACUUGAUGCCACCGCAGGGACCGGAGCUGUUGUCCGCGCGCAUCAAACGCAUCCAUGUGUACAUGCAGGACAGCCUGGAGUACCAGCCCGUGACCUGCGCCAUCGUGGUGAAUGCAGCGGGUGCCUGGGCCGGGAAGCUGCUGGAGGCAGCCGGGCUGCCCGAGGCGCUGUGCCAGCCCCCCCUGCCCAUCCAGCCCCGGAAGAGGUACAUCUUCUCCUGGCACUGUCACGAUGGUCCUGGCUUAUCCUGCCCAUUCCUCAUUGACACCACCGGUGCUUACUUUCGCCGUGAGGGCAUUGCCGGCAACUACUUGGGCGGCAUGAGCCCCCCCGAGGAGGAGGAGCCUGAUCCCAGCGAUCUCUCUGUGGAUCACAACUACUUCCAGGAGCAGGUCUGGCCGCGGUUGGCCCGGCGCGUCCCCGCUUUCUCCUCCCUCCGUCCCGGCAGCUCCUGGGCUGGUUACUACGACCACAACUCCUUCGACCGCAACGGGGUGCUGGGACCUCACCCCAGGCUGGACAACCUCUUUGUGGCCGCCGGGUUCAGCGGUCACGGGCUGCAGCACGCGCCGGCGGCCGGCAGAGCCGUGGCCGAGCUGGUGCUCAAGGGGCGAUACGAGACCUUGGACCUGAGCAGGUUGGGCUGGAGGAGGCUGGUGCGAGGGGAGCCGCUGGUGGAAGGCGGCGUGGUGUGAUGGAC